AAGUAAUAUCAUAAUACUUUUUAUGUUUGCUUUAUUUCCGGGUCGGCCGAUAGACAUCCAAUUCGCAAUCAUCAUUUUUUUAAUCUCCUUUCUUUGGUCCUUUAUAAUAAUAGUAUAUCCUUUGUAAAAGAAGUGUAAAGACAUCGACGGCAAAGAGGUAGCGUAAGCAAAGUUGGCGGAGGCAAAUAAGGAGCGUGGAAUAAAGAAAGAGUCGAGUCCACAUGGGCGGCCAUAGCGUUUGUGUCCCACCUUUGUCCCCUUGCCUCUUUCUUGCCUUUCAUGCUCCCGACAACAUCUCUCUCUCUUCCUUUAACCCUAACUUCUAUGCAUCUUCUCCCUCCUGUAUAUAUCUCUCUUUCUCUAAACCCAUCAUCAACCAAACUCACAAACAAGAACAAGAAGAACAAGGAUUCUGCUUUGGAUAUAUUACACAGAGACAUAUAGAGAGAGAGGUGUCUUGAUCUUGAAAAAAAAUGGCUUACGAGAAAGUCAAUGAGCUUAACCUUAAGGACACAGAGCUUCGUCUUGGAUUACCCGGAACGGAGCAAGAUAAGGAAGAACAAGAGGUUUCUUGCGUUAGAAGCAACAAGCGUCAACUACAGAGCGAUAACGAGGAAGAAUCUACACUUCCUACGAAAACUCAAAUCGUUGGUUGGCCUCCGGUGAGAUCUUACCGUAAAAACAACAACAGUGUGAGCUAUGUGAAAGUGAGUAUGGAUGGAGCUCCAUACCUUAGGAAAAUAGAUCUCAAGACAUACAAAAACUAUCCAGAGCUUCUCAAGGCAUUAGAGAACCUGUUCAAGUUCACGAUCGGUGAAUACAACGAAAGAGAAGGAUACAAAGGAUCUGGAGUUGUACCAACGUACGAGGAUAAAGAUGGAGAUUGGAUGUUGGUUGGUGAUGUUCCAUGGGAUAUGUUCUCUUCCUCUUGUAAGAGACUCAGGAUCAUGAAAGGAUCUGAUGCUCUUGCUUUGGACUCGGCCUUAUGAUGAUGAUGAUGAUGAUGAUGAAAGCUUUUGAUGGAUGAAACCCUUUUUGAUUUGAUUCUGAUCGGAGUUUGAGUAGUUGACCACACCAAAAACAGAACAUGUCAGGGUUUUGUUCGAUGAGAUAGAUCCAUCUUCAAGGGGUUUUCUUUUUGUUUUGUUUGAUCCUUGUUUUUAGAUUUGCAGCUUGUUGUAAAGAUAGAUGAAAUUUUUGUACAAUACGGACAUAUACACAAUAUAGAUGCGUAUGUAGCAAUGUUUUGACGAAAAGAGUCUUUAAUUUCAUA